UAUUGUUUAUCAGGAAAAUAUUACCAUGGGAGACGAAGAUGUUAUCCGUAGACGUCUUUUAAUUGAUGGCGAUGGCACUGGAGACGAUAGAAGACUGAACGUGUUAUUAAAAACACUAAUAAAAUGGUGUAACAGCACCGAUGAUAAACCUGAAGAGAGUAAAGCGACGCACGAUCGAAUGCUAGCGCAACUAGCGCAAUGUGAAUUUGCAGUCACCAAAUCCCAACUCGGUUCAGAAAUGAUGAACGCUGAGCUAGCCAGCUAUGAAUCCUUGUCUAAAAUACUUGAAAACGGCAUAGAAAUUGCUAAAACAAACAUAGAGAAGAGCAAAGCCGAUCUACUUCAGGCUAAAACUGUCCGGAAAAACAGAAUCGAGUAUGAUGUGCUGGCUAAGGUAAUAAGUGAACAGCCGGACAGAAAAGAAACACUGGAACGGCUCGGGACUUUGAAAACAGAACUGGCCGGUUUGGAAACAACAAAGCAACAGUUGGAAAGCAGGUUGGCUUUAAGAAAAAAACAAUUCCAUGUGUUGGUUACUUCCAUUCAUCAGUUGCAGGCACUUUUGGAUGAACCUGAUGAUACGGAGUCCAUUUCUGAUGUUGAAAUUAAAGAUAUUAGUAAUGAGUCUUAGCAAUAAAUGUUUGCCAUGUUGGCAAUAUUGUCAGCACAAAACUUUU